CGAAUUAAAGGAAUUAAAGGCGAACCCAUCAUGUAGCAUUUUUUCUUCUGCAGUAGACGAUGAUGGUGGUCUUAUUGGUCGUGUUGAUGGUGGUCUUAUUGGUCGUGUUGAUGAUGUUCUUACUUGUGAUGUGUUCACGCGUGAAACCGAUUUACGUAAGAGACGUCUAUUACGUUUAGUGCUUUUGUUGGAUCUUGAACGCGAAUUGUUAUCAGACGGCAUUGUUGGAAUAAAUAAUUUUCAAGAAAAAUUUGGCUUCAUUUUUAUAUAUGCUGGAAGAUAA